AUGGGUCGGAAAAGAACAACGGUUGCAAAAAAGCGUGUUCAAAAAUGUGCGACGAACAAGAAUAUCGCAUUCGUGGUGGAUAUAAUUCCUGAAUUGAAGGAAGUUGAGCCACCAGCCAAAAAGAAAGCUCAAGUUGAGAUCGAUCUUCAACUGCAAACAUCUGGCAGCGACUUACAGGUGAAUCCUGUUUUCGAAUUCGUCAACAAACCUGAAUCAGUCACUGAAUGUGCCGGUUCCGAUAAGGAAGUCACUGAAUAUAUCGGUUCCGAUAAGGAAGACGCAGAUGUGCGUAAGCUGCCACCGAUAAUCCGCACAUAUCGCCGAAAAGCAUCAGUUGAACAAUUAAUGCAAGAUUGGGACAACGAAUCGUCAGAUGAGCAGGAGGUGAAUCAGGCAAAUGACCAGGAGAUAAACCAGGUGAACACCACACCAAACCAAGUAACAGACUGCUCAUGUGGAACGGCGGAGGAGGCCAGGAAAUAUAAAAAGAUGGUGGAGUCCCUCCAGAUGGAUUUGUCGGAGGAAAUUUUAAAAACCAAACGGCUUGCUGAGGAGAAUGCUAGAUUGGUGACACAAAACGGCAAACUACAAGAAGCUCUAACAUCGAAACUACUACCAGAGCCAGAAACACCAUUCAAAGACUGCGGAGAAUACAUCGAUGCCAACACGUUGCGCCAGUUUUCUCUUGAGGCAGAUAGUGAUUAUUUGUUCAUCAAGUUUAUCAUGAUGAGACUUUGGCCUGAGGGAUUGCUCGGUAGAUCAGUGACGGGACGUCAGUCAAACAAUCCAUCUGGUCGUCCGAAAUCUGUACGACAGGAAGACAAAACUGGAGAGGGCACAUCGGCCGGAGCAAGUAUUUCAGGGGAGAGUGCUGAUGGAACCAGUGUUACCAAGCUUGCGUUGGAGAAGGAAAAAGUGGACUAUUGCAUCCGUUGUCUCCACGAACGUCGAAUCUUUUUGCGAGAUGACGUAAAAACUGCAAUGGCCCGUUCCAAAGCAGGCACAAGUUUGAUGACGAGAGUAAUCGCGAAUGCUUCGCGAUCGUGA